GGAAAUAAAUCAAAAAUCAACUGUCGAAAAGUCAUUUAAAAAGUCAUUAAUGCAAAACUUCAAGGCUAUAAAAAAGAUUUAAAUCAAUAAACUACAGAUAAGGGAGCGAAACUAUUUUAAUUUGCGUAGUAAGCGUAAUUCACAAAGAUGUCGAGUUCAUUGAACACUUUUAAAUUGUAGCAAUCGUGAAAUUUCGUCUACGAAAAAUAUUAUAUUAAAAUCAUUUUACUUUUGAUUGAGUUGAGAGAUGGAACAAAAUAAUUUGCAGUCUCUACCGGAUGAGAUUUUAAUCUUUAUUUUUGAGAAUUUGAGUGCAAAGACAAUUAAAGCUUGUCGAUUUGUUUGUAAAAGAUGGAAUCAUGUCAUUCUCGACUCAAAAGUGUUGUUCCAAAAAUUUAAAUUUGAUUUUGACAGUGAAAAAGUUGAAGACUACAAAUUGAAUCGAGUUAAAAGGAAAUACAGUUCAAUUCAAAUUAACAGAUGUGGAUUGAAUGUAAAUUUGACAGACUUUAUAAAUCCCUAUACAGUUCAUACUUUAGAGUUAAAUGGAUGCACUUUAGAUCCUGUGUUAUUAGCAAAGCUACUCAAAAGCCUCACAUCUCUACAGGUCUUAAUCGCACAUUGGCUGUAUUUUAUUGAAGACUUGCAUGGAACUUUUGUCAAGGCAAAGCCUAAACUGCGAAAGCUUGAAAUUUUAUACUGCUACGGCUACGAUGUCUUGGAUCUUUUGGAUAUCAAUAAUAUUUCCACAUUAAAGGAAGUGUUCAUUGAAUCAGGUUCUACAAGUAAUUUUAUCAAAUUAUUAGACAACCAAAAUGAACUGGAAUCGCUUAAACUAUCAGAAUGGGGAUCUGCAAACUUCUUUUAUUUUCCUGAAGUGUUUAAGUUUAAGUUUCGUCUAAAAAGCUUUACAGUUGAUGGUUUAAGAAUGUAUGGAAAGUUUGAUAAACUUUUUGACUUCUUGAUGCUUCACAAAAAAAGCUUACAGGUUUUAAAGUUUGGUGAAUUACCAACUCCAAGUGGAUUUACAAUUUACAAGUUUAUUUGGAAUAAUUUAUCAAUCAAGGAAUGUGAUAUAAGCAUUUUAAGGAUCAGGGAAAUUGACGAAUGGAUUAAUGAUAAUCAUGAGUUCAAAACUGACUGUUCAAGGUUCAAGAAAAGGAUUCACGUACAGAAAGUUUCAUUUCUUAAAGAAGCAUUUGUGGAUGCAGAUUAUUCAGCUUAUAAACGCAUUGGAAGCUUGAAACAAAGAGGUCUCAAUACGUUAAGGUUCAAACUAUAUUUGAACAACUUUUGUAAUGCUACACAUUUAGAUUUAAGUUCAUUUAAUCAGAAUACACAUAUCAAUUGGGAUGCAGUUUUGCCUCACAUAAGUUUGGCAAUGAAAAAUUUAAAAGUUCUACGCACACCAGAAUAUUUUGAUCAACGACUCCUUAGUAUGGAGAGCAUUUACUUCCCGAAUUUAAUGGAACUCUCAUUAUCAAAAAUUAAUAGCGAGCUUAUUAAGAACUUUAUUCAAAAACAUAAUAAGACUCUAGAGAAAGUUUCUUUUUGCUGGUUCGAACAUCAUUUUAUGGGAGAUGUUAUAAAUGAGAUUGUGAACUGCAAUAACUUGAAACUUUUGUUGAUGCAUGCAAAAGAAUCGGAAAUUUUCGGUAUAUUCAACAGAACAGAUUUACAGAUUAUAAAAAGAACUGAGCCAUGGAGCCUUAAUAUUGAGUUCUUAAACCAUACUCCAAUUGUUCUCAAGUAUAAGUUUCCUGACGACAUUAUUUAUUGGAAGGAUCAUUACUUAUUCUUGAAUCAAGAAAUUUUCAAUAAGAAAGAAAAUUCCGAAUUAAAUUUUUGGUCAAUUUUAAAUAAGUUAAAAAAUUUGUGAGAUUUUCUAUAGUAUGAAUAAUAAAAUUAAUUUAUACAAAAAGUC